UUCAAUCUGUCCACCUGUCCAACAAAAACUGUCCACCUGUCACUCGGCAAGAGGCAACGACAUGACGCGGUAAUCCCACGAUGACGAGAAAAUGUUCACCGACUUAUAAAUACAGAUCACCCGGGAUCCAAGCUCCCUCCUCAUUUUUGACAGUCACAUUUCUCAGAUCACAGAAACCUCAAAACGAUGCCGUACUACACAGCUGCCGGCGAUGACGAAGUUCACGACUUCGACGAGUACGAUCCGACGCCGUUCGGUGGCGGAUACGAUUUGUUUCUGACCUACGGCCGUGCUCUCGAGCCGUCGGAUGAGACCUGCUACCCUAAUUCAUCGCCGUCCGAUGAUUUCGAUUAUGAGCGGCCCCAAUUUUCAUCGUACUCUGAGCCCUCUGCAUAUGACGAAGAGGCUCUCGACAACGAGUACAGUAGCUACGCCCGGCCCACGCACCGACCGGGACCCGCCAUUGGGUUCACUCCAGGUGGAGGCGAUCCCGAGGGAGAGCACGGAGGGAGGCCCCAACCGGCUUAUGGGUUCCAGCCUGGCGGAGAGGAUAGACCCGAGUAUGGAUCCGAGAGGCCCGAUUCGGGCCAUGGGUCUGGGUAUGGUCGGAAGCCGGGGUAUGAACAGCCCGGUUCGGAAUACGGUUCUGGGUAUCGACGGAGACCAGAGUCCGAUGAGCCCAGUUCCGAGUAUGGAUCUGGGUAUGGCCGAAAGCCAGAGUACGAGACGCCUGAACCCGAGUAUGGAUCCGGGUAUGGUCGAAAGCCCGAGUACGAGACGCCUGAACCCGAGUAUGGAUCCGGGUACGGUCGAAAGCCCGAGUACGAGACGCCUGAACCCGAGUAUGGAUCUGGGUACGGGCGAAAGCCCGAGUACGAGGCUCCCGAAUCUGAGCAUGGAUCUGGGUAUGGGCGAAAGCCUGAGUUCGAAGCACCGGGAGCUGGAUUCGGGUCUGGGUAUGAUCGGAAGCCGAGUUAUGGCGAGGAGCCUGGUUAUGGAGAUGAGCCGCCGAGAAAGCCAAGCUAUGGGAGGCCCAGUUAUGAGACCUCAGAAAGUGAGGAGAGGCCCAAGUAUGAGAGUUCGGGUUAUGGGAGGACUGAGUUUGAGAGACCUGGUUAUGGCGAAGAGCCGCGGAGGAGGCCUAGUUAUGAGACCCCAGAAAGCGAGGAGAGGCCCAGCUAUGGAAGGCCUGGCUACGGAGAUGAGCCGCCCCCGCCAAGACCCAGCUAUGGGAGCCCUGGCUACGGAGAUGAGCAGCCGCCGCCGAGGCCCAGCUAUGGCACGCCUGGCUACGGCGAUGAGCCGCCACCACCAAGGCCCAGCUAUGGGAGGCCCAGUUAUGAGGGGGAGGAAAGCGCGGAGUAUGAGAAGCCCAGUUAUGGGAGGAGCGAGGAGCAGGAGUACCGCAGGCCUGGUGGUUAUGAGAGGCGCGGUGAUGAUGAUGAAGCUGAGCGUCCUAAGUAUGGUUCUCGUGAGGAGGGCUAUAGUCGCAAGAAAUAUGGAAAUGACAACUCGGAUGAGGAUGAUGAUGAUGAGGAGAAAAAACGACGUCACCACAAGCACCACCACCGCAAGAGCUAUGACGAUGAAUGAUCAUAAUCCUUGUCCCUUAAGGGGAUGCAUGCCAUCGCCAUAGCCAUACUUUGAUGCUAAAUAAAGGGUUUGGGCGUGUAUUUCCUUUGAGUGGUAUUCUCUGUUGCAUGUUUGAGUAUCCUAAGCUCUAAACUAAAAUCUCAGGUUGAGUGUCUGUUUGUGUGUUGACUUGUGGCUUCUAAAUAAAUACCCAGACUUCUGGAUUGGAGUGUCUUGUUACAUGCGUUUAUUUUAACAGAUGAUGAAUAUGCCUGGAAAUGGUGUUUAAUAAGAGUUAUUAUGGUGUGAAAAGCAUUCUAGU